AUGGCCGUCACUUUAGAGAGCCGUGGCGUCGUGCCAGCCUCUGACGACUACUACAACAUUGGCGUCUUUGAGCGUAGAGUCAGCACGACGAACAAUGACGCGCAAGUGUGGUUUAACCGUGGGCUGACCUGGGCCUACUCGUUCAACCACCGCGAGGCGUACGCCUGUUUCAAGCAGGUCAUCGCUCACGACCCUGUGUGUGUCAUGGGCUAUUGGGGCGCAGCCUUCGCAUUGGGUCCCAAUCACAACAAAGUUUGGGGUGCUUUUGAUAAGAAAGAACUUGAGGAUACGAUGAGCGAAUGCUACGACUUGGUGCAGAAGGGAAAGGAAGCCCCCAAUGCGACCCCGGCCGAGCGGGCUCUUGUCGAGGCAUUACAGAGUCGCUUCCCAAGCAAGGAGCCACCAGCCGACCUCGCGCCCUCUGUAAGGGCGUAUGCCGAUGCUAUGCGGCAGGUUUAUCGGCGGUUUGGCAAAGAAGACCUUGAUAUCCGUACCCUGGCUGCAGAUGCACUGAUGGGCAUUGCACCAUGGAAACUAUACUUUAGCCAGACUGGUGAACCGGAUCUCUCUACGCCGGUGCUCGAGGUCAAGGACCUCCUGGAAGAAGGACUGAAGGACCCAGACUCGAGACGCCAUCCGGGUCUGCUGCAUAUGUACAUCCACCUGACCGAGAUGUCCAAAACGCCCGAGUUGGCCGUCAUCCCGGCCGACUACCUCCGCCAGCUCGUGCCGGAGGCUGGCCACAUCUCCCACAUGCCGAGCCAUAUCGACGUCCUGGUCGGCGACUACCGCAGGGCUGUUCAUACCAACAUCCAGGCAACCACUGCCGACGACAAGUACGUCGCCCGCGAAGGCGCCAACAACUUCUACUCGGUCUACCGCAUGCACAACUACCACUCGCUCAUCUACGCGGCGAUGCUUGCUGGCCACCGCAGCAUCGCGCUCGAGUCCGUCACGCGCAUGGAGGCGACUCUUACCUACGAACUGCUGCGCAUCGAGUCCCCGCCCAUGGCCGACUGGCUCGAGUUCUUCAAGUCGGUCCGCGUGCACGUCUACAUCCGCUUCGGCAUGUGGGACGCCCUCAAGGAGCUCCCCAUCCCCGAGGACAAAGAGGUGUACUGCUGCACCGUCGCCUUCAUCUACUACGGUAAGGCGAUCGCCUACGCCGCGACGUCGGACCUCGACAGCGCGGCGGUCCAGCGCGAGCUGUACCUCGAGGCCGUCGAGCGGGUGCCGCCGACGCGCCUCGACUUCCCGAACCGCGUCAUCGACACGCUCGGCGUCGCGACGGCCAUGCUCGACGGCGAGCUCGAGUACCGGCGCGGGCAUUACGACGCGGCGUUCGGGCACCUGCGGACGGCGGUCGAGCGCGACGACGGGCUCGCCUACUCGGAGCCCUGGGCGUGGAUGCUGCCGACGCGCCACCCCUACGCGGCGCUGCUGCUGGAGCGGGGCCGCGUGGCGGAGGCGGCCAGCUUGUACGCCGAGGACCUGGGGUACAGCGACAAGCUGGUGCGGGGCCACCAGCACCCCAACAACGUGUGGGCGCUGCACGGGUACCACGAGUGCCUCGUGCGGCUGGGCCGGGCGGGCGAGGCGGCCGUCGUGGCCAAGCAGCUGAGCAUCGCGGCGGCCGGGGCGGACGUGAGCGUCAACUCGUCGUGCUUCUGCCGGCUGGAGACGGCCGAGUGCGCACCUGGACACUGCUCGUAG